GACGAGCCCUCCUUUUCUGUGAUGAAUGACAUUUCGGGGCUAGGAAGGAUGUAUAGGUCAUUUUGACCAGUCAUUCCCUUCGCGUUUACAUCUCGCUCCCCUUUCUCUUCUUCUUCUUCUUCGUUUUGUGCCUCCUCCUUAAAUAUAUAUAGAGAGAUAGAGAGAGAUCUUUUCCUGACCCGAAAGCGAAUCGGCCCUUGUUGCCGUGAGCUGAUUAUUAGAAGGACCAAUCAUAUAUUUAUACACAUCACACCUACAACCACGGACACUCAGGCACGCGCGCCUGCAUACAUUCUCACGAACAAUUUUUUUCCAGCGUGGGGGGAGCUGAGAUGAUGGAAAGAAUAAGAAAAGAGAUGAUUUUGAUGGAAAGGGGGCUGCACAGCCCCACGGCUGGCAAAAGGCUGGCGAAUCUGACCGAGGCGGCUGGGAACGCGGUCCUGGAGGCCCUGGAAAACUCGCCCCACGGCGGCCGCCUCAGCCCGAGACUAACUUCCGCUUCUCUGCACAGCUCCAUCGGGGACCUCCCCGCCGCCAAAGGGAAAUUCGAGAUCGACGCUUUAUUCAGCCUUCAGCACCAGAACAGCGAAAGCGCCGUAGCGGCAGAACUGCCUCCCGCCGAAAGCCGGAAGAAAAUUAGCCAUUACUCAGAAGUGGCUGGAGAGGUAGACAUGAACAGCGACGUGGAGGUAGGCUGCUCCGCGCUUCGCUCGCCGACCAGCCUGGCCUCUUCCCUGAAGGAAAGCAAUAACAAAGGCUAUUCGGAGAGCAGUUCGACUCCCAGCACCACCAGCUCGUCCUCAGGAUCCACACUGAGCAACUUACACAGCGGAAGCAGCCUGAGUACUUCCAGCUCCGGGGCCGACCAAGUGAGGAGGUACCGCACCGCUUUCACCCGGGAGCAAAUCGCCCGAUUGGAAAAGGAAUUCUACCGCGAGAACUAUGUUUCCCGGCCUAGACGGUGUGAGCUGGCCGCGGCGCUCAACCUCCCCGAGACUACCAUAAAGGUGUGGUUCCAGAACCGGCGAAUGAAGGACAAGCGGCAGAGACUGGCCAUGUCCUGGCCCCACCCGGCGGACCCCAGCUUCUACACCUACAUGAUGACCCACGCGGCAGCCACGGGUAGCCUGCCUUACCCUUUCCAUUCCCACGUGCCCCUCCACUACUACCCGCACGUCGGAGUGACGGCGGCGGCAGCGGCGGCGGCGGCAGCCUCCGGAGCAGCCGCUUCGCCCUUCGCCACCUCCAUCCGCCCGCUGGACACUUUCCGAGCCCUCUCGCACCCUUAUUCCCGCCCGGAGCUGCUGUGCAGCUUCAGACACCCGGGCCUCUACCAGUCGCCGGCCGCCGCCGCCGCCGCGGGGCUCAACAGCAGCGCGGCGGCUUCCGCGGCUGCUGCGGCUGCGGCUGCUGCUGCGGCUGCGGCCGCCUCUUCGGCUCCUCCCACCGGCUCCGCCCCUUGCUCCUGUCUCAGUUGCCACAGCAGCCAAUCGGCGGCGGCGGCGGCGGCGGCUCUGGGAUCGCGCUCCUCGAGCUCGGAUUUCCCCUGCAGCGCAGCCGGAGCAGCGGCGGCCGCUUCGCAGCGCUCGGAGAGCAGCUUCCUGCCUUACUCGGCGGCCGUGCUCAGCAAAACCGCCGUCCCUUCCCCGGACCAGCGGGAGGAAGCUCCCUUGACCAGAUAACCAGCCCCGGCGGCCUCCGAGGGCGCUGAUGGGCCCGGGGCGGCCCGGGGCUGGAGCGAACCGUUUUGGGUCCAAGGUGGGAAAGGGAAGGAAGCCCAGAGCCGAAGCUCUAAAAACAGAAGGGUUUUUUUUCCCCCCCACCUAGUGCUGUUGUUAAAUGAUUCUGGCUUUAUGAAGGCUCCGGUUUAAUACGGAAUCCCCCCCCCAAAAAGGAGAAGGAGCUGCUGUUGCUGCUGCUGUUGCAAAAGUUGUAAUGGAUGGAUUUGGGGCCCCGGUAGACCAAAAACUAUAAGCCCUCCCUCUUUCUCAGUGGAAGGAAGGACUGUGUGUGUGUAGAGAAAAAAAAAAAAGGAGAGAAAAGAAAAAAGCGCGAUUCCUUCCAGACAUUUACGGUACUUUCUUUUUAAUCUUCGGGGGAGCCUUUGUCUCUGCUCCCCCUGCUGAUGGCAUUGGGAACUGUUUGGCCUUUUUUUCCCCCGACGUUAAGCGGCCUUUUGUUUUUUUUUGUUUGGUUCACCUUAUUGUUUAAUAUUUAUACCCUGUUUCCUUCCUCUUUUUUCCCCCUCUCUCUCUCUCUCUUUUGUCCUGAAGCAAAAUACCAGCAGUAUCAAUUUUAUAGGAAUUUGGUUGAGGGUGUGGGAAGCUAACGAACAAAACACCGAAGGAAAACCGGCUGCCGAAAUAGAGGCCUUGCGGUUCAAGAGGGGCUGUUUUAAGGAAGAGGAAAAUCCAAUGUUUUAACUGUCCUUUCUGAUUUCCCUUCCCCCCCCCUUUGAAGAUGGCUGUUGUAGGCCUCCAAAAAACGCUUCCCCUAAAAUAAAGCAAACGGGGCAGGGAGGACCUUUAAUGGAUUGGUUAAAAGAAAGGCAGAGAGAGACAAACAGAAGAGUAGUUUAGAAAAAAAAAACAGAAAACACAUGGUGUGUUUGCCUCCAAGUCUUCUACUCUGCAUUAUCUGGAAAAUACUUGAAACUUUCUUGGCAUGUAUCCUAUCCUAAAACGCAUCUUCUACAUAACUUUUUUUUAAAGAAAAAGGUUAAAUUCUUCCCCUGUCCCCUCUCCCCCCAAGGAGAAAAAAUAAUAUGCUUUAUUUAAACCCAGGCACCCGCCCUCUGGCUAACAGAGAGCCCCCAAUCCCCACAACUUUCUGUGAACUUGAGAGACGCAUCAAAAACCACCGGUGUUACUGCGGUGUCAAUUUUGAUGCUAAUAAUGUGCAGAUUAUGACGAAAAUUGCCAAUCAUGUUCUCUGAUGGACCCUCCUUUGAAUGCAGAGUGGUGGGGGGAGUUUCCCGCAUGGAGACCUGCUGUCAAGUACUAACAACCCGCUAAGGGAAGUCAUUAGAAGAGACGGAUAAGAGGCUUGGUACAUAAAACAUUGUUCCUGGUGCAAAAGGCGGUAGGUUAUUUAACGUUAGAUCUGUUACCUUGGAAGUGAUUUUUUUUUUUUUUUUUUUUUUGCACAAGAAAGCUAUGGUUCUGAUCAUCUCAAUUGCCAAUUUUCAUUUUGGGAACUUGGACGCCCUGGGUAGACUUUUCAGUUGAUAUUCCACCAAUGUGAAAGAGCCUCAUUAAAUCAAACUUGGAUAUUUCCAUAAUGCUCCUGGCAGAGUCACUUUACUCUUCUACAUAAUGAGAUUUUUUUCCUGAAGAGUUGAAGCUCGCACAUAACUAGCUAUUGCUUAUUUAGGCCCCAUGUGUAAGACGUGAGCACAGGCGCGCAGCCCAUUCAUUUCCCUUAAUUUAUAUUAAGACACUGGUUGGGGUUUUUUUCUUUUUCUUUUCCCAGCCCCACAUUUUGAUAAUGGACAUUCAGGAAAUUAUUUUCCAGUCUGUACUGUUUUGUUCAGUGAACAAAAACUGUAUUUUAUUUUUAUUAUUUUUAUUAGUGGGGGGGGGGAAUCAAAAUAUAGCAAGAGAUUGCUGGUGUGAAGAUAGGAGAGGAAGGAUUAAAAACAACAGGGGUGGCAAGAAAAGAAGAGUAGAUUAUGUUAACAAUAACAUGAGAUAUAUAGAGAACAUUGAAUUAAGGACUUAAUCCUCAAAUAGUAAAUAUUUUUUUUAAAUGAAACAAGGAUGAGACUCCUUAUGCAUCAAAAGAAAAAUACCAGCUAUUGUCCACUGACUUUAUAUUUAACUUUUAAAUUAAUAUAUAAUUUAAUGCUAACUAAUUUAAAAAUGUGGCAUUCUUUUAUCAACAUUUACUUUUUUUCCCAAUUCUCUAAAUAGUUUGGUAAUGAUGGCCCUUACUGGAUAUAGAGAGAACAAUUUUGGCAAUAAUGUUUACAUUUUCCAAAAUAGAAAUAGAUAAAUUAAAUCUAUAUAUCUUGGAAGUGGUUGAUAGGUUUGCUGGUAAAUAAGAUUAAAAAAAGAAACAAAAUAAUUUUAUGUUAGGUCCAAUGGAUCUAGUUAUAAUAAAAAAAUUGUGAAUAAGUCCUGUGCUUCAGAUAUUCACUGGCUGUAUGAAUUCACUGUAAAAUAUUUUACAAAUGUGCAAUAACAACAAAGCUUUGUAUAUUAUGUUAUUUAUUGUGUUUGGUCAUGU